UUUAGACUUUUCUUCACGACGAUGCUGGCCGUGUGAACAAAAAUCAUGCUUUAAAGUCGCGAAUUGCUAGGGACGAUCCAUUGGGAAACGCGCGAGUAUCUUUCGGAUUCACACUCUGUAUUAACUUCAAUAGCUUUUCACGUGAUCUCGAAUAGAAUUACGGUGAGUUUGAGGGAAGAGAGAGAGAGCGAGCAGAGAGAUGGGGAACAGCAUGGGAGGGAAGAGAAGAGCCAAGGUGAUGAAGAUAAACGGCGACACCUUCAAGUUGAACACCCCUGUUCGGGCCGGCGACGUCGUGAAGGACUACCCGGGGCACGUCCUGAUGGACUCCGAGGCCGUCAAGCACUUCGGCAUCCGGGCGAAGCCGCUCGAGCCCCAGCAGGAGCUCAAGCCCAAGAGGGUGUACUUCCUCGUCGAGCUGCCCAAGUUCCCGGAGGAGGACGAUAAGGUCCCGAGGCGGGUCCGGUCCACCGGCAUCCGGAUGAGCGCCAAGGACCGGCUCGAGUGCCUGAUGCUGUCGCGGAGGGCAGCGUCCGACCUCGCGCUCGCUAGGUCGGAGGGCGACGGGGGGUUGCCGCGGCGGGGUGAGGGGCCGUUGACGGUGAAGAUGAGGCUGACGAGGGCGGAGAUGGCGAAGCUGGUGGAGGAGAGCAGGGACGAGAAGGAGGUGGCGGAGAGGAUCAUGGGCAUGUGCCAUGGCGACAGGAAUGUGUUGCAGCAAGGAGGAUCGAAUUGGACGCCUGGUCGCGGUAGCAUUAGAGAAAAGAGCAGCAGCAUCAGCAGCAGCAGCAGGAGCAGCAGCAGCAAGUUGUCCGAGAAGAGGGUGAGAUUCGAUCCAACGGAAGGAGGAGAGAUCCGUCCGGAAAUUCAAUCGGAGUUGUCGUGAAAGAUCGAUUUAAGGGCAACCGCGGGCGCGAGGAUGUCGUGGACGGAGACGGUCGUGGAGCACGAAUUCACGGGGGGCGGUUAAGCAGCUCCUCAAGCGGGCCCGUUCCGGAAAUUCUACUCCCGUGUGCUAGUCCUUUGUCUCCCCUUUCGCUAUUCCACUUUGAAUAUUAUUAUUUUUUUUUUAUUAGUAGCUUUGAUGUUAGUCAAAAAGGUUGACUCCGUGAUGCAAGCAGUCGCAUUGCAGAUCGUAGCGUAUAUAUGGCAGUAAACUUCUUGGAAUUAGACUCCACACGCCGACAUUUACGA